GCUUGUGAGGUGCAUAGAGUAAGAUAAAUUAAACUGAAGACAUGCCCUCUAAGACACGCCAUACGCAUACAGAAUGAUAUUGGUCUCACUCAGAGUCUCACAGUUAUUUGAAAGUGGUCCUCAUUUCAUUCUCUAAUAGUUAUUUGAAGAAAUUAAGAAAAUCCAGAGUUUGUGUGGCAGGCACCUAUAGGCUCUAGGUCUCAUGGCUUCUUUCAUUCUAAAAUCAUUUUUACUACUACUUUCAAUCAUCUUCUCAGCAUCUUCUUUUACUACUAGUAGUAGUACUUCUUUAGAUUCACAUACAAGAUCUGUGUGCAAGUCCACACCAUACCCAGAUGUUUGUUUCGACUCAUUGAAGCUCUCCAUCUCCAUAAACAUCAGUCCCAACAUCAUUACCUAUCUCCUCCAAUCCCUCCAAAAUGCCUUAUCGGAAGCAGGAAAGCUCUCCAACCUACUCUCCACGGCUGGAGAAGCCUCAAAUCUCAUCGAGAAACAGAAGGGAGCUAUCCAAGAUUGCAAGGAUCUCCACCAAGUCACAAUGUCUUAUUUGAAGAGAUCGGUGUCUCGUAUCAGUGGCACUUCAUCAUCAGGUGCUCAGAAGCAGAAAAUAGACGAUGCGAAGGCGUUCCUUACUGCAGCUCUCACCAACAAGAACACAUGCUUAGAAGGAUUGGAUUCCGCAUCCGGUCCUUUGAAACCAGUCCUAGUGAAUUCCAUGAUUAGCGCUUACAAGCAUGUAAGUAAUUCACUUUCGAUUCUCUCUAAGAAUACAGGCACUAGCAGUAGUACUACUGGUACAUCAAACGAAGGUCAUGGUAACCGCCGUCUAAUGAUGGCCAUGGGUCCUCCUAAAUGGCUGUCCCGGAAAGAUCGCCGAAUUUUGCAGACUUCUUCUUCUUCUAUGGAUGAAUAUGACCCGAGCCAGGUGAUUUGGGUGGCUACAGAUGGAAGUGGAAACUUCAGCACCGUCACUGAGGCCAUCGACUUUGCUCCCAACAACAGCUAUGAUAGAACUAUAAUCUAUAUUAGACAAGGGGUGUACGAAGAAAAUGUGGAAAUUCCAAGUUAUAAGCCUAACAUUGUUCUGCUUGGGGAUGGAAGUAAUGCCACUGUUAUUAUCGGUAACAGAAGCGUGGUGGAUGGUUGGACUACAUUCAGAUCGGCCACUGUUGCGGUUUCUGGCGAGGGAUUUUUGGCACGUGACAUAACCUUUGAGAACGGGGCUGGGCCGGGGAAGCACCAGGCAGUUGCACUUCGCAUUAAUGCGGACUUAGCUGCAGUGUACAGAUGUACCAUGAAUGGUUACCAAGACACGUUGUAUGUCCACUCCUUUCGACAAUUUUACCGGGAAUGUGACAUUUCUGGGACCAUUGAUUUUAUAUUUGGAAAUGCAGCUGUUGUCUUCCAGGCAUGUAGCAUCAUUUCCAGAAUGCCAAUUCCUGGCCAAUUCACCGUCAUCACAGCACAAUCCCGAGACACUCCGGACGAGGAUUCCGGGAUCUCUAUACAGAACUGUUCUAUUGUGGCUACAGAUGAAUUGUACUCCAAUUCUGGCAACGUCAAGAGUUACCUUGGGAGGCCAUGGAGAGUGUACUCUCGCACAGUCUAUAUUGAGUCCUUCAUUGAUGACUUCAUUGUCCCAGCAGGGUGGAUUGAGUGGUCUGGUGACCAAGGCUUGGACACGUUGUAUUAUGGAGAGUAUGAAAACACCGGGCCUGGUUCCAAGACUGGGAAUAGGGUUACUUGGCCAGGGUAUCACAUAAUGGAUUACUAUGAUGCAUCUAAUUUUACCGUUUCAGAGUUCAUUACUGGGGAUGAAUGGCUCGAUUCUACUUCAUUUCCUUACGAUGAUGGCAUUUAAAAGCUUAGUUGUUCCUGUUUGGCCUGUAAAAAUGGUUGGUUCCGAUGGAACCGGAUAAGCGUGCCAGAAACUGCUAUAGUUCUAAAUAAAGAUCCAAACAAUAUUCCAUAUAGAAGAUUGCAAGACCAGGCGAUUGUGAUGAGGUCUGGAAUGAACACCUCAGGGUUCUUUUUGCCUUUGAGAAAGGCCUUUGAGAGUGCUAUUUGGCUAGGAAGGAAUGCGCUACUUUUGAAAGUAAAGGAUUUGAAUGUAUAAUAUUGUAAUGUAAAACAAUAGAGUGCAGGACUUAAGCUAGACAUGUUGAAGUUGCAUUGCAAUGAAAAUAUGAAUUGUAUUGAAAUGUUGUAUGUGUUGUGUGUGUUGAACAGGCUUUAUACGUUACAACAUAAUGACUUAUUUAUAGAAUUAUAAAAUGACAGUUAAUAGAAUA